AUGGAUCUAGUACUUGGAGUUCAGGAGGACGAAGACAUAGAAGGGGUCAGAGAAGAAUUAUUAGGAGUCGUUUGCGCUGAGUGUUCUCAUCCUACGUGUAACGAUAACGUGCAGGAACCAGGAUCAAUCACCGAACUACGCCGUAGCUCGCGGUCUCCUCUAAUCCUUCGUGGGGGGUGGAACUCAAGAGGUUUCCUCACAUUCGACGAUCACAUUUAUGUGCCGAAUUACGCCGAUGCUCGGCUGAAGAUCAUGAAAAUGCGACAUGACUCGGCCUUAGCUGGUCACCCAGGUUCAGCGAAGACCCUUGAGCUAGUUCUAAGGGACUAUGUCUGGAUUGGAGUAAGGAAGGAUGUUGAGGACUACAUCGCUGGAUGCGCGGUAUGUCAGAGGGCAAAGACCAACAGACAGAAACCCCAUGGAGAGCUUAAACCACUGGAGGUAGCUACGAAACCUUGGUCUAGCAUCUCGAUGGAUUUUAUCGAGGAGCUGCCAAAUUCCCAUGGAUAUAAUUCCAUCCUGGUAGUGGUGGAUCGGUUGACCAAAUGGGCCAUUUUUAUCCCGACUACGACGAAGUUAACCGCAGCCGGCCUAUCAGAGUUGAUAUUGGACUAUGUGGUGGCCCAGCAUGGGUUGCCAGAGAAUAUAGUAUCGGACAGGGGAUCGAAGUUUACCUCCAAGUUCUGGAAGAAUUUGACCGAUAGUCUCGGAAUAAGACUACAUCUCUCUACUGCAUAUCAUCCACAGACUGACGGACAGACCGAACGAACCAACCAGUCUUUGGAACUGUAUCUUCGAAUCUUCACCUCCUAUCAGCAGAACGACUGGUCAAAGCUACUCGCUCGAGCUAGCUUUGCUUACAACAACACCCAGCACUCUGCGAUAAACAAAACCCCAUUCUAUGCGAACUAUGGAUAUCACCCUCGUUGGGCUGAAGAGAUAAAGGCUAGCGAGGUUGAGGUACCCGCUGCUACAGUGGUAGUGAAGGAUCUGACCGAAAUACAUAAAGAGUGUAUCGAAGGAAUUGAGAAGGCUAAUGAGAAGUACGCCGAAGGGUAUAAUAGGAAGCACCGGACUACGCCGAACUUCGUGGAAGGUGACCUAGUGAUGCUGUCAUUAGAGAACAUUAAGACUAAAAGGCCUAUGAAGAAGUUAGACGUUAAGCAAAGUGGACCGUACAAGGUAGUACGGCAGGUAGGUUCUCAUGCUUGUAAAUUAGAGUUACCAGGAACGAUGGCAGGUAUCCAUGAUGUAUUCCAUGUCUCCUUGCUUCGCCCCUAUCACCCUCCAAUAUUUCCUGGUCAGCAAGCUGAACCACCUGGCCCAGUAGAGGUGGAUAACAUGGGAGAAUCGUGGGAAGUAAAGGAUAUUGUGGACUCGAGAGUGAAUAAGAGGUCAGGGAAGUUAGAGUAUCUAGUGGAAUGGUUAGGUUACGAAGGCUCAGAUGACGCAGUAUCAUGGGAACCAGUAGAAAACGUGGACGGAGCUAAUGACAUAUUGGCGAAGUUCCACGAACUUCACCCGGAUAAGCCGAUGAAAGGACGAGUGGUAAGAUCACGAACGAGGAAGUAA